UGCGGAUGCCAAGCGCCGACUCAGCAUGAAUCGACAAAUUGAUGACAACCACUGGUAGAAACGACACAAACUUGAAGACGACUUCGUGGCAGUUUUGAAGGCAAAUGGAAAACUAUUUGAGUGGUGCGGACACGCCGAAAAGAGGUGCAAACAAGGCCGGCCAUAUACUUGGCGGCAUAAUGAAAACCUCUGGAAACAAGCUGUGGGCCGCAACAGACCCCUUGUCAAGCAAUAUGGCGGCGCAUGCAUGGAAGCCUUCUAGAAGGAGUUUCCUCCUGCAGCCGAGAUCUGCUCUCGUCAUCCCGGGCAUCCCCUCCCCUACCCCCCCCGUAUCAUUCCCAUUUGCAACCUCUCCCAAACUAUGUACAGCUAGGCCAGCAUCUAUCGGCGGCUCCAGCACGUAUUCGGCCUGGUAUACGCCCGCUACGGUAUCAUCCGACAUCAUGGUUCGCCAUAGGUAG